AUGGAGGUGGGGCCUUGCUGCCUGCUGGAGCUGGUGCUGGCGGCGCGCGGGCAGGAGGCGCACGGGGGCCCGCACUCCAUCCGCCUGGAGGGGGACAUCACGCUGGGGGGGCUGUUCCCGGUGCACGCCAAGGGCCCGAGCGGCGCGCCGUGCGGGGACAUCAAGCGCGAGAACGGCGUGCACCGCCUGGAGGCCAUGCUCUACGCGCUGGACCAGAUCAACGCCGACCCCGAGCUGCUGCCCAACGUGACGCUGGGCGCGCGGGUGCUGGACACCUGCUCGCGGGACACCUACGCGCUGGAGCAGUCGCUCACCUUCGUGCAGGCGCUCAUCCAGAAGGACACGUCCGACGUGCGCUGCACCAACGGCGACCCGCCCGUCUUCGUCAAGCCCGAGAAGGUGGUCGGCGUGAUCGGGGCGUCGGGCAGCUCCGUCUCCAUCAUGGUGGCCAACAUCCUGCGGCUCUUCCAGAUCCCACAGAUCAGUUAUGCCUCAACUGCGCCAGAGUUAAGUGAUGACAGACGUUAUGAUUUCUUCUCACGAGUGGUCCCUCCAGAUUCCUUUCAAGCACAAGCGAUGGUGGACAUCGUAAAAGCUUUGGGGUGGAAUUAUGUGUCCACUUUGGCAUCUGAAGGAAAUUAUGGAGAAAAAGGAGUGGAAUCUUUCAUGCAGAUUUCCAGAGAGGCAGGUGGACUCUGCAUUGCUCAGUCACUGAAAAUCCCACAGGAUCGCAAAGACAAGAACAUCGACUUUGAUAAAAUUAUCAAGCAGCUCCUAGAAACUCCCAACGCCAGGGCCAUCGUUAUUUUUGCCAAUGAUGAGGACAUAAAACAAAUCCUUGCAGCGGCUAAAAGGGCUGAUCAAGUUGGUCAUUUUCUCUGGGUGGGAUCAGACACUUGGGGCUCCAAAAUGAGUCCAUUGGUUCAGCAAGAAGACGUUGCUGAGGGAGCAAUCACCAUUCUGCCUAAGAGAGCAACCAUAGAGGGGUUUGAUACGUAUUUUACCUCACGUACAUUGGAGAACAACAGAAGGAACGUGUGGUUUGCAGAAUAUUGGGAGGAGAACUUCAAUUGCAAGUUAACAAUCAGUGGGUCAAAAAAAGAAGACACAGAUCGUAAAUGCACAG